AUGAAGGCUCUUAUUCUCGUUGGAGGUUUCGGAACUCGAUUGAGGCCGCUUACCUUGAGCAUGCCAAAACCCCUUGUUGAGUUUGGAAACAAACCAAUGAUUCUGCAUCAGAUUGAAGCUCUGAAAGAUGCUGGAGUGACUGAAGCUGUAUUAGCUAUCAAUCACCAACAACCAGAGGUCAUGUUGAACUUUGUGAAAGAGUACGAGAAGAAGCUAGAGAUUAAGAUUACGUUUUCACAAGAAACCGAACCGCUCGGGACAGCAGGGCUUCUCGCUCUGGCUCGGGAUAUGUUAGUCGAUGAAUCAGGCAAACCCUUUUUUGUACUUAACAGUGAUGUUAUCUGUGAGUAUCCAUUGCUUGAGAUGAUCGAGUUUCACAAAACUCAUGGCGCUGAAGCUUCUAUCAUGGUGACCAAGGGUGUGGUGGUUACGGAGGAAGCUACAGAGAGAGUUGAGAGUUUCGUAGAGAAACCAUUACAUUUUGUAGGGAACAAGAUUAACGCUGGGAUAUACCUCUUAAACCCAUCUGUUCUCGACAGGAUUGAGCUGAGAAGGACAUCGAUAGAGAAAGAGAUAUUCCCUAAGAUAGCUUCGGAGAAGAUGCUUUACGCUAUGGUACUACCUGGCUUUUGGAUGGACAUUGGUCAACCGAAAGAUUACAUAAGAGGGCAGAGACUGUAUCUUGAUUCUCUAAGAAAGAAAUCUUCUCAAGAAUUGGUCAUUAGGGAUCAUAUCAUUGGGAAUGUUGUGGUGGAUGAGAGUGUGGUUAUGGGAGAAGGUUGUUUGAUCGGACCUGAUGUUGUGAUUGGUCCGGGAUGUGUGAUUGGUUCAGGUGUGAGGUUGUUUAACUGUACUGUAAUGCGAGGUGUUACGGUCAAGGAACAUGCGUGCGUCUCUGAUAGUAUCUUGGGAUGGGACUCGACCGUUGGAAAGUGGGCUAGGGUUUUUAAUGUAACAGUUCUUGGGAAAGGUGUUCAUGUUGCCGAUGCAGAGGUUUACAACUCCGGGGAUGUUAUCCAAGAGAUGGUCAUAUGA